AUAUUGUUAUAUAUUACUUGCUGACGUGCCGUUUAUAGAGAAAUGUAAAGCGAAAACGUGUGUGUCGCUCUAACGUUAAUGAAGUGUUUGACAUAUUGCGUGCACUCACGCAGAGGAAAUGUGUUGUCUUUUGGAUUAAACAUUGGCGAAUCAUCAAGAAACAUUUCGAAAUUUACGUCCAGCUGACACAACAAAAUUAUUCAGGAUGGGUUCUAUUGCUAUGGAAGAAUAUGAACUGAUGAAGGACUCAAAGUACAGAGUGUAUGUUUCUGCUGUUGACAAAGCAUUGAAAAACUUUGAAUAUACUAGUGAGUGGGCAGAUCUAAUAUCUGCUCUUGGGAAGCUGAAUAAAGUGCUGCUGAAUUAUAUGAAAUUUCCAGUUAUUCCACGCCGUAUAAAAAUCAGUAAGCGUCUUGCACAGUGUAUGCAUCCAGCACUGCCUUCAGGUGUUCAUUUAAAAGCUCUUGAGACUUAUGAUAUAAUAUUCAAAUGUAUGGGAACAAACCGUUUAAGUCAUGAACUAUUCAUUUAUAGUGCUGGCUUGUUUCCACUUCUGGGCCAUGCUGCCAUGAAUGUCCGUCCUUCACUUCUCACUGUAUAUGAAACACAUUUUGUACCUCUGGGAGAGAGACUUAGACCUGGACUUAGUGGUUUCUUGAGUGGUGUUCUACCAGGCUUAGAAGAAGGUUCUGAUCAUUUUGAAAGAACUACCUCAUUGUUAGAAAAAGUUUGUGAUGGAGUAGGUCCAAACCACUUUUAUGGAUGUCUGUGGGAUUGCAUAGCAGCAAAUAGUGGUAUACGCCUCCCUGCUAUAUCCUAUGUUCUGUCACACUUCAACAAGAGGCUUUCUAUGGAAGAUCAGUUAUUCAUCAUGGGGACCAAUGUUGACAUUAUGGUUAGUGCACUGUGUGCAUGUAUGCAAGACACUAGUGUGCUGGUGCAGCGCAGUGCGCUCGACCUGCUGCUUGUGGGAUUUCCUAUGCACAAUAACCAGUUAUUGCGCACUGAUGUGGUACGACUUGUAACGGCCUCUCUUACUACCAUACUUCGUAGAGAUAUGUCACUGAACAGGCGUUUAUUUGCUUGGCUACUAGGAUCAGAAGUAAAUGUAUCUUUACUGAGUUCAGAACAUCCUCUUGUUAAGAAAUCUCGCAGCAUAGAAUCUACUUCAUCCAAUACCUCACCAUAUUUUGAGAUGUAUUCCAGAGAUCUCUUGAUUCAGGCUAUAAAAAUUACUCUAAGUCAGAGUGCAAGUCACCCACAAGAUGUUCGUCCUUAUCGCCUUUUGGUUUCUCUCUUGGACAAGCCAGACAUAGGGCCUGAGAUUUUAGAUGAUAUCCUGUAUGAAGUUUUCAGGACACUUUAUUUAGCUUGUGAUGGAGGCAAACUGGCUUCUGUUGCUUCCACAGCUACAUACAAAGGCAGCCAAGAACUUCUGAAGUCUGCUAAUUUGUUGUUCAGCACACUUGAGCCAUGUUACAUUUGGGUCUACUUGGGUACCCUUUUUGAUAAAGCUUGUGGUGCUCAAGCAGUUGUUGAUACAGCAAAGAUCUCACAACCUGUGGAUUUGAAAGUUAACGAUGAAGUGAAAUCUGUUGGUCAAGGACAACCAAAUCUCCUAGAGGUAUGUACACUUGCAGAAUUCCUUCUGGAUGCUGUAUCUCUUGAGGCAUAUAUGGACACCACGAGUGAGCAUUUACCAGGACUCUUUCUUCACAUUAUUUGCAAGUUAACAGAGCAUUGUGAUAAUCUCUCAGCAGAAGAUAUAGCACGUUCUCUCCAACUGUGUGCAAAAAUACUUUCAAAAGUGCAGCCCUCAGUGGUAGCGGUUAGUUCACUAAAUGGGAAAUCAGCAAGUGAUCAGAUAGACACAACCAUUAACCAAAUAUGUAGCCCCAUAGAGCACAGCAAGUCUUUACCAGAUAUUACUGAUAAAAGCAAAAAAUCAAGAACCAGUGGUAAGGGUUCAAACAAAAACAAGAAAUCAAAGUUUCGCUUGAGACAGUCUGGUGAGAAAAAUGAAGUCAUUGAUGAAAUUAGUCCUGUUGUAGUAACAGUGAGUUCCAAUUCUCAAGAAAAUUUAUGUGAAGAAAGGACAGUUGAUGAAUCUGCUGCUGAAGUUACAGUCAAUGGACAUCUGAACAUUAGUAUUAGUAGUUCAGGAAAACUCAGUCCCAAUCUGUCUUACGGAAGUGCAGCACAGCAAACAGAUACUGAAACUAGUUUGAUGGGAAGUGAAGCUGAUAUAACUAGUCAGUCAGUUUCAGAAGAGUCGUCUGAACCUCCUUUAUUGCCUUCAAAACAGCAGUCACUGCUUGAAGAGUGCUUAAAACAGUAUAAAAUAUUCUAUGUGAAGUUUAUGUGUAAUAAACGGUUAAUGGGCUGUGAUGUGGAAUCUCUCUUCAAACAACUUAUUAUUCAUCCACAAGAAACAGAUGAUGAAAGGACUGAAAAGCUUAUAUGUAUUUUGAAUAGGUGUUUGGAAAGCAAUGAUCACAGUUGUCAGUUCUGCGAAGAAAUUACAGAGCUGGAAAAACAUAACUAUUCUACUCUAUCAGGAAGAAAUGACAAUAGAAGGAAAAUAUACUUUUGCAAGUCUAAUGCCCAAGAGUGGGAAUCACCUGUAAAAGUAUCAUGCAAUCUCUUGGUGGAACUGUCCACAUUUCCCACUUACUGUCUUCCAGAAACACCGAUAGACGAGCCAACAGGAUUAGCAAACUUUCCCAAAUGGCUACAAGUUCUAGUGGUUUGUGCAUGCUAUCUUGCGGAUGCCCCAGCAUUGCAGCUAACAGCCAUUGCCACUCUGCUUGAGCUAAUGUCGCUGUUGCGAUCACAGACUCACAGAGAUGAAGUGACAGAUCAUUUGGACCACCAGGGUGUUGUUUCUGUUGUCAUGAAACCUCUUUUGAGGCAAUGGGAUGUGACAUUUCUUGAACAUCACACAAUUACAGUCCAGAUUGUGGCGAAGGCACUUUGGGAUCAACUUGGUCAGCUGGAGCCUGAUGGUCAGGUGCACUGUGUGGAGCUACUGCAUCAACUGCACAACCUACUUCCUGGUUCACGAGUUGUUGAAGAUGUUGUGGGUGAAUCUCUUUGUGGACCAAUCAGUUUUGACCAGUCUGAUUACUGCUCCAGCACAUUUGAGAAAUUUUCACUGCUCUGGCACGUAGGGAGAGAAGUUGAAGCCAAGGGUGCAGGCUGCCACCCAGUCAGAUCAUUUGACAGGUGUCUGCUGAAAAUGCUAGACCAGUUACAGCAAAGUGAGAGUUGCCCUUUACGGCUACAGGCCCAGACAUGGCUACUUCAUUCGUUGGUUCGUGGUGAUGUUGCUCGCUUAAUAGAUCCUCUUCUGCUGAUGCUAUUGGAUCCAGCCACAGCUCGUGUUAGUGUACUGCAUGUCAGUGUCAAAGAGCGUGACCGUCCACAGAACCUGUCGUCUACUGAUAUGCCUCGAGUGUAUGCCAUAAGCUCCAUUGAUGGCCACAUUAUCUAUCAUGUGUCAAGUACUUCUGCUCCCAGACAUGGUGAUGCUUUUGCAAGAAGAGUUUAUACAAUGACAACACUGGCAGCUGGUGGUAAUGGAAAAUGCCACAUCACAGACAAAGAUUCUUGUACGAAACUUCCAGAUGUGUUGCAAGCACCUUCUCCUUCCAGCUGUCGAAAUAUAUCGUUAUUUGUGAAUCCGUUUGCUGCAUCUGCUAGCAGCAAUACAAACUCAAAUGAUUCUGCUACUGAGGAAGACUCUACUGCUACUUCACACAGUAAAACACCGGAGGCAUCAAGUUACCCUGGUGAAUUGCCUAGGUUUGGUCGCUCUUGGAAGUUAAGAAGUGGGCGGGGGAGAAAUAAAUUGGCUGCUUUUGGCAAUGCUUCCACAAUUGCAAUUCACAAAAAGAGCAAGAGUGCUGAAUUUCUACAGUCUGACAUUCUGCCAAAUGGAACUUACAGGAAACUUGGCAGUGGGAGCCAAACUAGUCUCAGUUGUGGGGACGAAGAAGAAAAUUCUUCUGAUAGUAAUUUAUCAGAAAGUUGUGAGGAUAGCACUGGUGUUGUUAGAAGAUGGUCACUUGGAGAGGAUGUACUAGCAGACUUUGAUGAUUCAGUUGCCGAAAAUAGCUGUCUUGAAAUGGGGAAGGAAGUAACAACCAGCAAGGAGAUAGUUGAACAAAUAUUGUAUGAAGUAUUGGAUAAAGUUGUCAGCAGUUUUGAAGAAAAAGAUCAGGAUUCAGAAGAAAAGCAGAGUCUUGCCAGCAAAGUUCCAAGCACUACUUUGCGAGUUCAUCAGUUACAUUCUCAUAUGCUCUUAUAUUGUGCUGUUUAUGACUCAAAUCGGACAUUAUAUGCACUGAGUACAUUGAGGAACAUACUAUUGACCAACUCCAGGAUGUUUCUGUGUGCAACUGCGACAACAGGGCUAGCAAAUGUUGCACGUGGAUCUGGACUGAUGAUGUUGUUAGCAAGACACCGUAAAUCUGUAUUUGGAAGAAAUUUUCAUGGAGAAAUACCAUCUGGUGGUGGAGAAUUUGGUGCUGCAUAUAGAAGCAGCAUGUAUUUGGAAGUUCUGUUGCUGGUUUGCCUUUAUUUUGCAAGAAGCUACUAUCCCAAUUUAGGAGAAAUGCGACUGACACAGGAGGAGAUAUCUGGAAAUCGCAAGGUCCAGCUAGCUAGUACUGAACUCCUUACGAUCAUCUGCUAUGAACUGAUUUUGAUUGUAAGAGACAGUGGAAGAGGUUUCGCUAGCUACAUAGCAGAUUUGAUGGCCCGAUGUAAAGUUCAGAAAAUUGCGUUGCACUGUAUAUUGUCAAGCGUGCACUGCAUGAAAGUCCAUGACAUCAGUAAAGAAGACAGCCCUCUUAAGGUUAAUGACAACCCUUUACAAAGAACACUAACGGAAGAAAUUAUGCAUUUCAAUGACCCUGAUUCAGAAUAUGCGGAAAGUAGCAGCAGAUGUAAAUUUCGUUGUUCGGAACAUUCAGAGGGAUUUCAGGUGCAACUUUUGAGGCUACUUCUUGCUUUAGUAAUGCUUGAACACCAAGUUAAUGCUCAGAAGAGUGAUAGUGAGUCUGCAACUGUUACAAACAGAGAAAGCACAUCUUCUGUGAAGAGCACUUCAUCUUCGAAUCAGUUAAAAUACCAUCCAGGACUUGACAUACCUCAACAGUCAAUGUUCUUAGCUUCUGUUUUGACUGCAUUAAGACAGAGGCAUAUGCGCCAUCUGCAUCAUCAGUGGACCAAUCUCAUAGCUUCUGCUCUCCCAUUUAUGGGAUCAUCUCUGACUGAAGUAGUUAUGAGUGUCAUCAAUCAAUUAUGCAGCAACAUAGAAAACCUGUCUCAGCAUUAUGGCUCAGAAGACAAUAGAGAGGACUUGUGUUGCCUACCUGCAGACUACGCAGUUACUCAGCUGGAAGCACUGACACUGUUGUGCCACUACUGUUUGUUGGACAGCACACAGCAGCAAUCACACGCUUUCAGUCAGCAGAUGCUUGGUGCAGUUACGUCUUUAAAUGUUGGUCUGCCUGGUGCCAACCCAGGGCAGGUUUUCAGCAACCUUGUGCAUGUAUUCAUGCCUGUCCCUGCACAACAGGACAAUACUCAUGGGAAGGAUAAACCUACAGUUGUGGAUCCACAUAUUUCAGCCAGGCGCAAAGUUCUGAGCAACAUGCCACGUAUUUUUGCGAGUGUAGCGGCUCUGUGGCAAGCAAUUAUGACUGGACAAGACUGGGAGCAGAAAUCUUGUGUGCUGGGCAGUCCUAGAAUUGUCAAGCAUCAGUUACUGGAAUUUCUCAGUCCUAUUUCUCUCCACCAUGGCAUAAACUUCAUAGCAGCUAUUGCCAUUGCAUGGCAGGAACGUAAACAAACUGGUCCUCAAACUGGACGAAAGGCUGUUCCAGUGGCAACCCAAAGCCAGCAAGUGCUGGUGUAUCUAAUAUCAGCGAUACGUGUUAUGCCUAUGGAUACAUUGGUGCAGACUGUACACCAGGUAGUGAAGCAGCCCCCACCCAUUGAAGGAUUUAAGAAGGAGGCUUGUAUAGAAGUUAGUGUUCUGGAGUUGUUUUACUGCUAUAUGCAAACAACUUCUGGCUCUCAACUCACUGAGAGCUGGAGUUCUUUAAUAGGACUUCUGCGUGAUGGCUUGACACUCUCACCACCAGCUCAGUUCUUGAUGCUAGCUAUACUGAACGAGUUUGUGCAGAAGACACCUCCACUUUCAGAGAAAAAAGAGCUUAGGGAUUUGCAAGACAUCACAGCAAAGCUUAUAGAGUCAUGUGCUCAGAUAGCAGGAGCUUGUCUGGAGCAAACAACUUGGCUACGUCGCAACAUGGCUGUCAAAGAAGAGGAGCUGGAAAGUAUGCCUGAUGGAAAGGAAAAGGAUUCCUCUGUAUCAACAUCAGCAGCACAGUACAGUAUUCAGGCACAGGCUGUGCUUGCAGAAUUAUUGGCUCCUCUUCUUGAUGUCAGCUAUGGCAGCCAAGAAAAAGAGAGAGUGGUUACGCUUCUUACAACUGUUAUGUAUAACAUAACACCGUAUCUCAAAAACCACUCGCGCCGGAAUGUUCCGAGUUUCUUCACAUGCUCUCAACUUCUGGCAAGUCUGAGUGGUUAUCAGUAUACUCGGAAGGCAUGGCGAAAGGAUGUGUUUGAGUUGCUUCUAGACCCCAACCUAUUUCAGAUGGAAGCUAAAUGCCUUCCCUUCUGGAGAACUGUUGUGGACAACCUUAUGACUCAUGAUACUACAACUUUCCGUGACCUCAUGGGGAGAGUAUCGCUGGCCCAGAGUGGAUCUUUGAGCAUAUUUUCCAGCCGUGAGCAAGAGUAUGAGCAAAGAGCUCAGCUCCUGAAACGUCUUGCAUUUGUGAUUCUCUGUAGUGAAACAGAUCAGUACCACAAGUAUAUGCCUGAAAUUCAAGAACGGCUUGCUGAAAGCCUGCGGCUGCCACAAGUGGUUCCAUCAGUCCAGGCACAGGUGUUUCUAUGCUUCCGAGUGCUGUUGCUGCGAAUGUCACCACAACAUGUAACAUCAUUGUGGCCAGUGAUUGUCAGUGAACUAGUCCAAGUGUUCCUGCACAUUGAACAGGAGCUUAGUACUGACACUGAGCAAUUCAGCUCACACAUCCGUCUGCUGUCCGCCCUUGACUCAUCUUGGGUUGUAAACAGUAACAACGGCCUACACGCUCAUGGUCAUCCACAUUGGCGCCAACUGCAGCUGAGUGCUGCUAAACUUUUGGACCUCGCUCUUUUGUUGCCUGCACACCACUUGCCUCAGUUUCAGAUGUAUCGUUGGGCAUUUGUGGGUAGUUCUGAGCUGUCAGAUGUGGAUAAUCAAGGACUAGGUGAAACAGCUCGUCCGCAUGAUUUUGUUCCUCACAUCAAACGGAUAGCUCAUUUAAUGGAUAUAAAGUUUCAGGCAUCAGUGGAACCAAUGACACGCCAGCCUGGGCAGUUGCUUCUCACAACCAGCACCAUUGAUACACUUCAAGAUUUGCAUCCAUUUUUCACAACACUAAGUCAGCAUCGUACUCAGCCUCCAGUUACAUCAAUCAGUCAGCUUGAAAGUGCCAUAGAAUUAGACUUCUUGGAAAAAUUACCUCCUAGAUAAAUCCAUUAGCAUGUGCUACAAUUGGUAUCAAGAAUUGCAUGCUCUGUGUUGUGAAUUUCUGAAUUCCUCUUCUGAUUUUGGGUUCGUAAAUUUGUGACUAUACAAGUAAAAUUUCAUUUCUGCCAUCAUCAGGGAAUGUCAGGUAGAACAGAGAAUAAGGAUCUUAUAGCGUACAGUUAAAAACAAUUUUGAGGCACUCUGUUAUACAGUGUAAUUGUUUUUUGAAUUUAUACAUUAUUUAUGUGACUGUUCUCUUACACACCUUUCAUGUCAGUGACUGGCAGUCUCAGAGGAUGCAUGCAGCAAAAUAAUUUGGUACUAUACCUGAAUUUACUGCUACACAGCAGCCUUUUUUUUUUUUUUUUCUUGAUCAGGCACAGUUAUAUGCGCCAGUUGCUUGUCUCUUAACGUGGUUCUAGUUUAGUAAGAGCCUAAUGGUAGAAUAGGCACAGUGUAUUCUUACUUUUCGUAUUUUCUUAGUAACUUAGUAAAUGUGAACGAAAGUGCAGGGAAAAUAUGGGCAUGUGUUAACUUAAAAACUGAGAAAUGUUACCUGUCUGUUUAGUUACUACAUUCACAAGUCCUUUUUGUUGUAUCGGAUGUUGAAGAUGAUGACAAGCCUAUUUUGCCCCCCCCCCCACACACACACACACACACACAGUAUUCUACAAUUUCCAGCAAGAUAAUGUACAGGCAUAUGAAGAAGUCAAGCACAAUACUUUAGUAUUUGUAACUUCGGAGUUAGGUAAGAACGUAUGGCAGAUUUCAUCUCAUAUUUGUCUGAAGUAUUUGUUGUCCAGAGUAUCUCAAUAAGAGACGCUGCUUGGAAAUUGAUACUACAUACUGCACUUGGCACAGAGGUAGCUGGUUUAACAACACUGCAUUUACUAAGUCAUUCUAUUGUGAAUUGUGGUUUACUACUCUCUUAACGCACAUAAUGUAAAUAACUUGAUUCAGGUACAGGAGACACGCCAAAAUUGCAGUAAAAUUUCACUAUAAACAUAGAACAGUUGGUGUUAACAAAAGGAUACUAAUACACAUUUGUUCUGUAUACAUAGAAGAAAAUCUAACACUUGAUUACCCACUGCUCAAAUUAUCAUGUCAUCCUCUAUGAAUUCUUCUAUUGAACAGUAGUUCUUCCACAGAACAGCUUCAAAGUAUCUUGGAAAAUACCUUAUGAGUAAUGAAACAAAUUCCUCUGACGUAUUUUACAAUUUUUGCAAACAACUCUUCCUAGACUUGCAUGUUUCAUUACUUGAACAUACUUAUAAGAGAAAUAAUGAAAAGGGGGAGACAGGUAUGACUUUCACAUUAUUGUUGUUACUGUUUAGAUAGUGUACCUGCAAUUGGAGAUGGGAUAUAAACCAACCAUGUUUUUCAAUAAUUUCUAUCUAGGAGUCCUGAAUCUUGAUGUGCUGUAAUCAUACUUACUACAUUCUUACCUUCAGGAGGCAAAAUCAAAACAAGGGGACUCUGGGAGUGGCCCCCCUGCAAUUUCCUUCCUACUUAUAAUCUUCAUACAUCCAUUUAAUGGUAGAUAUUGCAACAGCUUAUAGGCUUUGAAAGCCAGUGUCUGUACCUCAGUUUCACUUAGCUAUAUGACUCAGUUCUCAGAAAAUUCAAAUAAAUUACCUUUGAAGAAUGGAAAUUUUCAGAACACAAUUAAGUACAAAACAUUUGUAUUGUAUUAACAAAUUUGUUGGUAGCUCAGUGCAUAGCAUAAUGGAAUUGUAAUUGUAGAGUCAUAGGUUUGAAUGUAGGUAGGUGGUAGAUUAUUUGUUAUUAGCUUUUUAAAUUCCAUAUUUAUUAACCAAUGGAAAUUAACUAAUAAAUAAUCACAUUUUUAGUAAAAAAAUUUACUUUUAAUUGCUGUUCAUUCAAAAAUGCGAGUAUUCACAGUGAAUUAAAAUUCAGUAUAAAAAUGCGAAAUGUCAAAUAUAAAAUUAAGUUUUUUGUAACAUCCUUUUUCUGUGUCUGUAUCAACUUUUAAUUUAUUUUCUUACAAACAAUUAUGAUUUAAUAUUUGUUAAUUAAAAUUCCCAUUUUAAAAAUUAAAACAAUUAUGCACAUUAGUGACUUCGUGACUACAAUCUGAUAACACGAUGCUCCUACCUACUGAUCAAUUAAUUAAUGAAAUACAAAUGUUUUUUGCUGAACACUGCUUGGAAAUCUCCAGAUCUUCAAAGGUGAUUUGGGAGGGGGUGUAUACUGCUUUAGGAAUUUGAUGUCUGGGCUCUGACUUUAAAAUCCUAUGUGCAGAUCUGUCUGAUCCUUGGUGUUACAAUGUCAGUUAUUUUAUUUGUUUUGCCAUUUUCCUGUAUUCUAACUGCCUUGUAUUGUGCUGUCACACAGUUGAGUAUAUGUCUUUUUCACUGUUUGUUAUGUAGUGUAUAUGGUUGUAUUAUGGUGCUUACAUGGAUAGUAUCUUGUACUGAUACUAAUAAUUAAAACAAACAAACAAAAUAAAGAAAUCUGGUUUAGCGUGUAUAAUUUAUCUGUUGGACUGAAAUACACAAUACACUGAAUCGAGCACUGUUGCUAAUGUAGUUUAACUGUAAUAUAUAUAAAUCAAAUACCAUUUUAUAAACAAGAAUUUGGAAAGGCAGCUUGUAUCUGAUUUAUGUGUAGCACAUAGAAAUUCGAAACAACACAGUCUGUAGUAGUUUCUGAUCCAGACCUCCUUUAAUUCAAAGCUAAUAAAUCUCUGUGCUGGUACAUGUUGUUAUGCAUGAUACAUCAAUUGGCUACAAGUGGGUGAUUGUCUUUGCUAAUUUUUGUUUGUUUACAUCCUGUUAUGAAUGAGUACUCUCACGAGCCUGUACCAAAGCUUAAAUUUCUGUUAUUAGUGAUAGUAAUUUCAUUUUUUUUGUUCUUUGUUGUCAGCGUAUUUUCAUGUUCAAUCGUACUGACUGGAAUUUGUGUACAGUUUAUUGCAUAAAAGACUGAUUCCAUUAAAACACUUAAAGAAAAAGAGAUAUGUGAACAGAAAAUAUUUUGUAUCUAUUUGUAAAUUUGUAACGUCUGUAAAAGUGUAUAAAAUUUAUUGUUACUGUUAUGUCCAGAGUAUAUAUACAUUUCAGUGUAGGGCUAAUGAUAUUUUACUUUUUGUUCCGGAAUACAUUCACUUUAUCUGUUGUUCAAUUCACUCAUGGUCAAAAUUAAAGGGACCAUAUAUGUUAUGCACCUGGAGCCAAAUGUAGAAACGAGUAUGAAUGACAAUGGAAUUUCCAUUGUUUGAAAAUAGAUACGUGAUGAUAAUAGAGUAAUGACCACAUAAAUUGUAAUUACUGUGUGUCUAUGAAACUAAGUUUUUUGACUUUCAUCUGAGGAAAAAGAAAUGGUAUAUUUUAUCUUUACUAUAUUUCAUUACUACUAUUUGUAAAUACUUUAAUAACAUCAGCUCUUGUAUGGUAGUAUUUUGUACAAGUUAAUAGUAUGUAAUAUGGAGAUUUUAUUUAAUUUUAAAUUGCAGAUAUUGAAACAUUGCCGGAAAACAUUAUUUUUAUAUUAUUCAGAGUAUGUUUAUUCUACAGUGGUGCUUUCUGCAGCUUUGAAAAGUA